AUGCAGCUCACCAAGGAAGUGGCACCUCAGAACGGUUCCUAUAAGUGCGUGAUCGACGAUGACGAAAGGAGAUCCCACCAACUCUCUGUAAAAACAGACAUGACUCUGGAGUCCAUAAACCUGUUUGAGUGGGCUCGGGGAGGUGAUGUGUCCCAGCUGGAGGGCUUGGUGAGGAGGAACCCAGGGUUACUGAGGGAACAGGAUGGCUCUGGUGCCUCUCUGGUCCACCACGCUGCUGGUGCAGGAAACACCUCUGUUAUCAGGUUCAUCUGCAGCAUCACAGUCAGAGAUGGGUGGAAGGUGUAUGAUGACGAGGGGUCUAUGCCGCUGCACUGGGCUGUGGAGAGGAACCAGCCAGACAGCUGCAGGGCUCUGUUAGAGCUGGGGGCUGAACCUAACGUCCUCAACAAGGCCCUGAUGUCACCUCUACACCUGGCUGUUAGCCACACACACAACCAUCUGGUCCAGCUCCUGUUGUCUCACUAUAAGACAGAGUCUAACCUAGAAGGAGGUCUUGGCAACACUCCUGUCAUGUUAGCCUGCUCCAUCAAUAAUCCUGAGGCGCUCUCUAUACUGCUGAGCCAUGGGGCGCGGCUCUCCAGUCAGAACAAACUGGGCCACUAUGCUGUCCAUGCAGCUGCCUUCGCAGGCUCAAAGAAAGCCAUGGAUGUCAUCCUCAAGGCUGGAGAGGAGAUGGGUCUUUCCAUAGAGGAACACAUUAAUUUCCUGGAUAAGUCAUACAGUAGUCCACUUCACCUGGCGGUCAGGGGAGGCAACAUGGACAUAAUCGAGUUCUGCAUCCACAAAGGAGCCAAGAUCGACCAACAACAGGUGGACCGGUCCACAGCUCUACAUUUUGCCUGUUCCCAGGGAGCGACAGAGGCAGUUAAACUGAUGCUGUCCUCCUACAGCAGACUGGACAGCAUCAUUAACCUGCCUGAUGGAGCCUGCCAGACACCUCUACACAGGGCAACUAUAUUUGAUCACACAGAAUUGGCGGAGUACCUCAUUUCAAAGGGUGCAGACAUUGACUACAUAGACAGAAAAGGUCUUUCCCCCUUGCUGCUGGCUACUAACUGUGGAGCCUGGAGAACUGUGGCUCUUCUGCUGUCCAAAGGUGCCAACGUGAACAUAAAGGACCAAUCAGGAUGUAACUUCCUCCACCUGGCGAUCCUGCAACCCAAAGGUCUUAAAAACCUCUCCGGGGACGUCUUGCAGCACAGCAGUGUGAAGGAUCUGUUGAGUAACGAGGACAAUGAGGGCUGUACUCCUCUCCACUACGCCUGCAGACUGGGCAUCCACGAAUCUGUCAAGAACAUCCUGGUUCUACAGGUCUCUCUGGACCGCAAGUCCAAGGACAAGAAGUCUGCCCUGCACUUCGCUGCCCAGUAUGGUCGUGUCAACACCUGCCAGCGUCUACUGGAGACCAUCACAGACUCCCGUCUGCUGAACGAGGGGGACGAGAGAGGCCUGACCCCCCUACACCUGGCCUCUGGAGGGGGACACACCAAGGUGGUGGAGCUGCUACUUCGUAAAGGAGCCCUGUUUCACUGUGAUUACAAAGGGAGGACCUGUUUACACCAUGCAGCGUCAGAGGGGUACACCCAGACCAUGAAGAUCGUCCUGGCCACCAACAUCAAACUACUGGACAAGCUGGAUGAGGAUGGGAGCACUGCGCUGCACUUGGCAGCCCGGGAGGGUCACGUAGCAGCGGUGAGACUGCUGCUCCAGAGAGGGGCGGAGAUCAGCCUCAACAAGAACCACGCCUCCUUCUUCCACGAAGCACUGCAACAUGGGAGAAAGGACGUGAUUAAUGCCAUCAUCGACAGUGACAGAUGUACUCACAUCCUGAGUAUGUUCAAACGUGAUGCUGGCCAUCGUUGUCCAGUGUUGGACUUGGUUGACUUGCUGCCAGAGUCUUGCAAGUACCUUCUGGAUCGCUGCAUUAGAGAAUCAGACGACGAUACCAGAAGUCCUGACUACCACAUCGACUACAAUUUCCAGUGGCUCCAGGCUCCAAUAGCACUGACGAAGCAUGCAAAGGUAGACAAAGGCUUGAAGAUCCAGCCUCUGGCCACUCUGAAUGCCAUGGUGAAAUACAACCGCAUAGAGCUCCUCUCACACCCUGUCUGCAAGAAAUACCUGGAGAUGAAGUGGGUGGCCUACGGGAGCGCUGCCCACCUUCUGAACCUGUUUGUGUACCUGCUGGGUCUUCUUCCUCUCACCCACCUCAUAGUGAGCCUGAGACCCAGCCUGGACUACACCGGCCCUGACAACACCACAGCUGUCACCAUGGUGCCCAUUUCCUUCAGAGAGCAAGGAUCCUUCCUGUCCAGCUGCAUGGUGAUGGUGCUGGUGAUGAACAUUUAUUCCAUGGGGAAGGAAGUGACGCAGAUGUACCACCAGGUAGACCUUCAUUAUUUCAAGGAUCCCUUUAACUAUCAGGACUGGACCGUGGCCAUCUCAUCUCUUCUCUUCGUCAUCCCCCUGAAUUUCAAUGUUGAGGGGUCUUGGUACUGGCAGGCUGGGGCGAUGGCAGUCUUUCAAUCCUGGAUUAGUUUCCUCUUCUAUCUGCAAAGGUUUUUUACCAACUGUCUAAACAAUGUAGCUGACAUUCCUCUGAAGAGACAUCUCCAACAGUGGUCCUUGGUCUUCCAUGCCCUCAUGCUCAAGUGGUCCUUGGUCUUCCAUGCCCUCAUGCUCAAUCAGAAAGAGUUUGAGCGACUGGACCUGUCUGGGGUCCAGAUCUUUGUGAUGAUGGUUGGAGAACUGAAUUACCAAAGCAACAUUCUGGACAUAUACCUAGACAACAAACUUCCAUUUCCCUUCCUCACUUUCUAUAUGUUUGUGGUGUUUGUCAUCCUCAUGCCGAUCCUGCUGAUGAACAUGAUGAUCGGUUUGGCAGUCGGAGACAUCGCUGAGGUAAAGAGAACCGCAGCUCUGAAGAGAAUAGCCAUGCAGAUCGAGCUCCACACCAAUCUGGAGGAAAAGAUGCCGUACUGGUUGUUGAAGAGAGUGGACCAGUCAUUCUUCACCAUCUACCCCAACCGCAAGUGCUCCAAGGCCUCAAUACUUAAUUUCUGGAGUCAAGGAGAAGCAAACGAAGUGCAGACUCGUCUAAUGACCAACUCAUCAAAUUCAACCUCUGUCGAGGCUGAACUACGCAGACAGAAGUACAGACUGAAGGAGAUAUCUAGUGUGCUGGAGAAGCAGCACGACCUGGUAAAGCUGAUGAUACAGAAGAUGGAGAUCACAUCGGAGGCAGACGAACAUGAUGGGCCCACAGAGGUCAAAGGUUACAGGCAGAGGUCAAACUGGGGCCAAGCCAAGGGCUCCAACUGGAUCCCGCUGAUGAAGGUCAUCGAGUGCAAGAACGUUUGAGUCCUUCAAUUUACUGGUGACUAAGGGUUUGCAAAUUUCCAUUUUGUCGGUUUUCCAGGAAUCCUGGGUAGAAGAUCCCUGGGAUCAGAAGGGAAUAAACAGGAGAUCCAGAAACCUCCAUCCAGGAUUUGUGAAAACCAGGGAAAUUUUAGGAAAGACCAGAAUUGUAAAUCCUCAUUCAUGACCAUCAACAACAUUACAAGAAUAUUUAAAAUACAGAACAUUUUCAUUGUUAUUUAAUACACUACUUGAACUGAUAUUGUUUUCAAAAUUUACUGUAGGAGACUAUGAUUAGCAUGAAUGACUUCAUCAUUGGGGAUACUACCUCUGAUGCACUUUUGAUUGGUUAAUUAU